GCUAUUGUCAACUGUUGAACAUGCACAAAGCUCUGACGCUCUCAGAGAUCCUAAACCUCAUCUUUGCGUUCCUCCCUCGUUCAGCGAAUGCAACCAAUGCGCGAGUCUGCAAAACCUGGAGCGAUUCUGCUCUCGACGACGUAUGGUAUGAGAUACCCGAUGUUUCAAAGGCCUUCCAGGCUCUGGCGGCCACAGUCGUCUCUAAUGGAAAGCUCGACUACACACGACCGCCCACGCUAAGUGAAUGGAAUGCAUUUCUCGUGAAUUGCGACCGUGUUCGCAUUCUGGACUGCAAUGUGGCGGAUUCUCCAAACCCUUUGUCCUCCGAUGCCAUACACAAGAUCGCCGUCACUCGCCCAACCGGCUGUAUCUUCAAAGGAGUACGCAAACUUCGGAGCAAGAACAUCGUUGGAGGGCUUGACCCCAUGUUCAUGAGCUCGUCUGUGACAGACCUAUCGCUCUCCAUCACCGAUAACACGACUUCUCGACGCCUCGAACAACUGUCGUGGGACAUCGACGCUAUCAUCGCUCGCAUGCCCCAUGUUGUCUCCCUGAGUCUCGAGAAGUCAACGAUUGGACCAGAGGUGCUCGAGCCUUUCCUCCUUCAGUUCAUCGAGGGUUAUCCUUCCCUUACAGAAUUCCAUGUUCCCUAUAAAUGCCUUCGCACUCGCAUCGUAGAAGUCGCCUCCCGUCUACCCAAUCUUUGUGUGCUGAGGAAUGACCCGGGAUGGGACACCAUCUACGCCUCGACCAGUAUGCCUGCAUUCGAACCGAAAUUGAAUGCAGAGUCGUUCCCAGUUUUGAACGACUUUGAUCUCACUGCUACCACGGCAGAUGCGGUCCAACUCGUACGCGACCCUCAUUUCCCGUCUCAUAACCUUCGUGCGCUUUGCUUGCGCGUGAUCAUCGAUAUACGUGAAGGCUCGAGUAACGGCAUAUCGCGUCUCCUUGACGCCAUCAGUGAUACUUGUAUCUCGAUCACGGACUUAUCGCUGUAUUUGCAGUCGACUUUUGUGGGGGGCCAACAACGACUGUCCAUCACGUUCGAGGACAUAGUCCCAGUCUUCGGACUAUCGAGCCUGCAAACGCUGGAGCUCUAUAAUGACGAGCCCAUCAAGAUGACGGAUGACGAUGCACAAAGCCUAGCUUCGAGCCUUCCCGAACUUGUCACUCUAUAUCUCACUCGACACGCCUCCCAACCCCCUCCACUUACUCUCCGCUGUCUCUCUUAUUUCGCACGGCAUUGCCUCAAACUUUCGACGCUGGAGAUCGUUCUCAAUUCCAAUGAUUGCGUCCCACUCGCUUCGGAUGCUACUCCAUUCCGCAGCCUGCGGUUCCUCCAUCUUGGUGCUUCACCGAUCUCGGACGUCCAGCCCGUGGUACAAUUCUUGGCCCCCACACUCCCAGUCAAGUGUCGGCUUCUCGUCAUGAACGACGCUGUUGUGAAUCAAUCAGCUGUAUACAGGUCACCAGCCUCAAAUGGCAUGGACCGCUCUUGGAAGGAAGUACAAGACUCGCUGCUACGAAUUUCGGAGUCGAAGGAGGUAUGGGCUGACAAUGAGCGAUCAUUAUUGAAUGAGAUCACAAAGUUGAACGCGGAGAACCAGGCGUUGAAGACGAAACUGGAGCUCUCCAAACCGAAGGCGGAAAAAAAUUGAUCAGCAG